AGCGAGACUUAUUUAAAUGAUUUACACCCCGGUAAAGGUCUAGAUUAUUUAACAGGAAGACUUGUCUCGCCGGCAAGAACAUGAUGAUCUUGAUGCUCCUGGGGGCGGUUCGUCUGGGACAUGUGCAAAGUGGUCAUCAGCUGCGUACGUGUUCACCUAAAUUGUAUCUUCCUAUUUUAAAGUUUUAACACUAAUGGCGUCAUUAUAUUGUGUAGGUUAUUAUAUAAGCAUAUUGUGUAGAUUAUUAUAUAAUUAUAUUGGGUUGCAGUGUGUUCAUCGUUCCAUUGCAAUGUGUAUAUUAUUGUAUAACUAUAUGAAGUAGUUGUGUCAUAGCAUAUUGCAGCUAUGUACAUUAAUGUUGUCAUUAUAUAGUACAAUUGUGCAUAUUAAUGUUGUCAUAUAGUGCAGUUGUUUUCAUUAUCUUCAUCAUAUUAAUUAUAAGAGAGUCGACUACGGCUUUGUUUUAAGUCAAAGGGUCUCUCAUUCGCGGCCUGCAAGAAAAUAUUUUGCUGCCCGCUACAUGAAGCACGUUUUCCCCAUCUCAUAUCUAUAAUGUGACCCUCCAUGGCGGUUUCAGUCGAAUCUCGGCGACUACUCUUCUAAUUCUGAAUUUUAUUAUGUUUUUUUUAAAUAAAUUUAGACGUUGAUUAUAAUGUAAAACCCGUUUUAAAUAGGACUCAAUUUUUUAUUUUACAGCAUUUUAUAAAAAAAACAUGGCCAAAGUGCGGUUUUGUGAAAAAUUUAAUAAGUAAAUUUUUAAGGUAAUAACCAUAAUUGUGUACAUCGUAACAAUCUAACACAGUAUCGAAGAAUCCCUAUUAAAUUGCCACUAGUAUUAAUGAGUGAGAGAAAUUCCAAGCUUGACAGCUUGUUCACUUUCAAAAUAAGGUUUUACCAUUAAAAAAAUGAAAAUUCAUUCUCCAUACAAAAGCAUCUUCCUUGGCAUCAAUAACUCAUAAAUAUUGUCUGCUUUUGCUUACUGUUUGAACACGUUUUAGCAUUUUAAGCCUUCAUGUGAAGGAUGUGGUGGUUGUUCCUGUACCAAGUGAUCCCAAAUGGAUUAUGGACUUUUUUUGUUGACAUUGCACUAGAGCUGAAUUCACUCAACAAGAAGUUACAAGACUAGCGGUGGCUUGUCAGUGUUGCCAAAGACAAUGUCAGUGCAUUCUGAACAAAACGUUUGUUAUGGCUCUUAGAGAAACCUCUGCCAUUUCCAAAUAUGCAAUGCAAAGUAGGCUACUCAUGGACUCGGGCACAACAUUUAGUAGUAAGUCUACUGAUGCCAUUGCAAAGCUACAAGAAGAAUUUGAUCACAUUUCUUUAGACUUCAACAGACACAGAGUGACUUUUCAACAUUUUGCUGACACUUUCUCCUUUAAUGUGGAAGAUUACCCCACCGCCACCCCCACCUCUUUGUUUUUUAUUGCGCUUCAGAUGGAGCUGGUUGAGCUUCAGUGCAAUUCUAAGUUCGGUGAGGGGAAUAGAAAAACAGACAAGAAUUUAUAAUUUAUGAGAACAUUGCCCUUCACCAUCCCUGACAUUUCCAGGAUGUUCAAGCGGAUCAUAUGACUUUUUGGGAAUACCUGUAUGCGUAAAAAGCUCUCUUACGCUAUGAACUUUAACAAGUCGAAUUUCAAUACCAAAACUAUGAAUGAGCAUCUUCAAGCUAUACUGAGGGUCUCAGUUGCUUCCUCACAGAAACUAAAUUUUGCUCAGCUGAUUUAGAAGAAGCGCUGCCAGGUCUCUGGCAACAAGAAGUAGGAAGAAGAAAUUGAAGCCUAGAUUUUGAGAACCCUAAAGUUUUUUUUUUUUUUUUUUUUUUUUUUUUUUAUUUAAUUAAGUUGAAAAGUUUUAAAAUAUUUCUUUUGGGAUCCCUAAAUUUUUUUUUUUUUUUUUUUUUUUUUUUUUGUAAUUAAUGAAGGUUGAGAAGAUUUAACAGUUGCACUUUGCAUUUACCCUUCAUUGAAUUUGUAAUCGCUCAUUUAUUUCCUUGUUUUGUUUUGUUGGUUUUGUGUCGAUUUUUUUUGGCACUACAAUCCUUUUACAAAUAAAAAGUACCUAUAUUUAGCGAUUAUAAAAUGCCGCACUUUUGAUCUGCAGCUCCUCCUGAGGCCUGCCGUUACGAGAAUGACACUUCUGCAUGCGUGACGUGCAAUCUUGUAUGUGACCCGGUCAACACGCCGACCUGUCUACCUCCACCAUGUGCACAACCACCUUCAAAUUGUCAUUAUAAAUUAGACGAAAAUGGUUGUAUGGCAUGCGAUCUUGUAUGUGAUGCCCCCCUGAUGACUACAUGCGCAACGCCACCACCACGAGCCCAACAUCACGAGAAUAGCCAUCAAGAGCAAGACGAAAAUGGGUGUAUGGCAUGCAAUAUUGUAUGUGACGCCCCCAUGAUGACUACAUGCCCAACCCCAGCACCAUGUGCUCAACGCUCUGAGAUUUGCCAUCACGAGCCGAACGAACAUGUACGUAUGUCAUGCAAUCUGGCAUGUGACGCCCCCGUUAGGAUGUCAUGCCCACCCGCACCAUCAUGUGCACCGCCAACCGAAAAUUGCUACUACGAAUUGGACGACAACGGUUGCUUGACAUGCAAUCUCGUGUGUGACCAUUACAAUUCGACAAACUGUGUCCCACAACCAUGCGCCUAGCCACCCGACCAUAGCCAUUUGGUACAUGGCGAACACGGGUGUUUGACAUGGGAAUACGUAUGUGACGUCCUCACGAGUACGUGCCCACAGACACCACGGUGUGUUGGCCCGACAGAUGUCUGUCACUACACCAACGAUGAGAGCGGUGCCCGAUAUGCUCUCCUGAAUGUGAUCAGAAUAACUAGCUGCCCGCAUGUUCGUGAUUCUUAUUGUCUGUGUCGGUGAGGCUGUUGUUGUUUUGUUGUUUGUUUGUUUUAGUUAAUCGGUGCAUAAUACAAUAGCAAGGUCUCCCAGUAAUACAUUGAAAACGUUUUCUGAAAAGUGUU